CCUCCCCACCCUACCCAUUCUCCAUUCAAACAGAGUAAAAUACUCGUCUCUAGUAGGUGGUAGAUUUGGGAGAGACGGGACGGGAUCCGUAUAAAUAACCUCAUCUCUCCUCUCUUGCCUACCCAUUCCUCCCCUCUCUUCUUCCUUCCCCUGUUCUCCCUCCCACCUUCCUUUCUCCAACACCACCCGGUUCUUGUUGGGGAUCCAUCUAGCUUCGGUUGGGUUUGCGCCGAUUGAUGCGUGCAGAGCAAUGGCGGUCUCAUCGCCUUCUCCCGCUCCGGAGAAGAAGCGCAAGUGGCUCCACAGCAACAGGAAGGUGAUCGACAGGUACCUCCGGGACGCGCGGGCGAUUCUCGCUGCGGCGGCGCCGGAGUCCGGCGGCGGGGACGCGGUGGCGGCGCUGGGCCUGGUCGACGCGGCGCUGGACCUGUCCCCGCGGAUGGAGUCCGCGCUGGAGCUGCGCGCGCGCGCGCUGCUAGCGCUGCGGCGGUACCGCGAGGUCGCGGAGAUGCUCCGCGACCACAUCCCCAGCUGCGGCAAGUCCUGCUCCUCCGGGGAGGUCACCUCGUCCUCCUCCUCCUCCACCUCCUCGUCCCUCUCCUCCUCCAGCUCCGGCGACCUCGGCGCCACCUCGCGCGCCAAGCUCCUCUCCCCCGACCGCCACCGCUCCGACGCGGCGGAGGCCGACGCCGGCACCGCGCGCAAUUUCCGCUGCUUCGACGUCUCCGAGCUCAAGCGCCGCGUCCUCGCGGGACUCUCCAAGAACCCCAGCACAGACACGCAGUGGCGCUACCUCGUCCUCGGCCAGGCCUGCUUCCACCUCGGCCUCAUCGAGGACGCCAUGGUGCUCCUCCAGACCGGCCGCCGCCUCGCGUCCGCGGCCUUCCGCCGCGAGAGCGUCUGCUGGUCGGAAGACAGCUUCUCCUCCUCCUCGUCAGCCGCCGUCGAGUCGGUGCCGUCGGGCAGGUCCUCAAAGUCCGGCUCAGCGUUCAUCAUACCGGCCGUGGAAUCGGAGGCCGUGUCGCAGCUCCUCGCCCACGUCAAGCUCCUCCUCCGCCGCCGCACGGCGGCCAUGGCGGCGCUCGACGCGGGGCUCCCCGCGGAGGCCGUCCGCCAUUUCUCCAAGAUCCUCGACGCGCGCCGCGGCGUGCUCCCGCACACCUUCGCGGCGGCCUGCCUCGUGGGCCGCGCCUCCGCGUUCCAGGCGGGCGGCCGCCCCGCGGACGCCAUCGCGGACUGCAACCGCGCGCUGGCGCUGGACCCGGCCUACAUCCCGGCGCUGCGCGCCCGGGCCGACCUCCUCCAGUCCGUGGGCGCGCUCAGCGACUCCCUCCGCGACCUCGACCACCUCAAGCUGUUAUACGACGCCGCGCUCCGCGACGGCAAGCUGCCGGGUCCGAGGUGGCGCCCCCAGGGCGGGGUGCGGUACCGCGAAAUCGCCGGCGCCCACCGCAAGCUGAUCGCGCGCAUCCAGGGCCUCCGCGGCCGCGUGGCCCUCGGCGAGGCGUGCGGCAUCGACUACCACGCGCUGCUGGGCGUGCGGCGCGGGUGCACAAGGUCCGAGCUGGAGCGCGCGCACCUGCUGCUGUCGCUGAAGCUCAAGCCUGAUCGUGCGGUUGUGUUCGGGGAGCGGCUGGAGCUGGUGGACGAGCACCGCGACCUGGAGGCGGUGCGCGACCAGGCGCGCAUGUCCGCGCUGCUGCUCUACAGGAUGCUGCAGAAGGGGUACUCGUUCUUGAUGUCCGCCGUGAUCGACGAGGAGGCUGCCGGUCGGCAGAGGGCCAGGGAGGCCGCGGCGGCCGCCGCCUCUGCAGCGGCCGUGCCGUCGAAGCAACAACCGGCAGCAGCACCGACGCCAGCGAAUCCGAACAGCGGUGAGACUGAUAGAGUUCCGAUCAAAAACAGCUGUGGCACGGUGCGGGCAGUGCCGGCGAAACAAAAGGAGAAGGCUGCCGCGAUGGUUGUUCCACCAGCAUUGUCCAAGACGGCGGUGUCCUCGCCGGCUCCGACGAUCUCGAGCGCGGCGCCGGUGUACCAAGGCGUGUUCUGCCGCGACCUGGCGGUGGUGGGCACCCUGCUGUCCCGCGGCGGGUUCGAGCGGUCCCUCCCGGCGAAAUGCGAGGCGAUGAGCUGCUGACGGUUGGCCGGGAUGGGGUUGAUUCCAGCCAGCCAUGCUAGAGACAGCGACGCGGGCAGGUGCGAUCUGAUGCGGGAGGGACGAAGAUCCAAGAAGCUGGCGGGAAGAGGCAGACGCGUUUGAAUUAUUCGACAAGAACUCGCCAUUGUACAGUUUGUGAAUUGGGGGGAGGGGGUCGGAAGAAGAAAACUCGAUGAAGGAAAAAUAUAGGCCGAGAUUCUUGUAUGCUGUGGAAGGGAAAUUUUUUGGUUGCAUCUUCUUGAAUGCUUUGUUGUUACAGUGCAA